UCGUUCAACACUUCUUCAUUUAUAACCUUACCUCUCUGAAUGUAAACAAAAAUUUUGUACAGAAAAUUGUUUCACUUUAAGAAGAAAGCUUUAACAAGAUUGUCAACAACAUCUUCCGUUCAUCGUACCAACAAUGAACGAACUAUCCAGAUUGCAACCAAUUUACGCUGAAAUGGUUAAAAAUACCACUAAAGAGACCAUUCAACGAGUGCAAGACGAAUUGAAGAAAACGAAUCCCACCAAUUUACAACAGCUCCAAGACUAUGUCCUGCUACCGCUCAUCUCUAAAAUUGAUUCUGAAACAUUGAAAAACAACGAAAUCAAAGUAAAACUGAUCGACACGCUCAGCGAUCUCCUCCGUGUCACCAGGAUCUGUAAAUUGAUUCCGUUGAAAAUUAUCGUUGUUGUGCUGCUGAAACAAGUGUUCGAAUCGUCGAAUGUGAAAGCUAAUUUAUCGGAAGAACUUAAAUUGGCGGUUGUGGAGUGUUUUGACGUCGCAUUUGAGAAUAGUACAACGGAUGUCAGGAGUGAAUUGUAUGUGCCAGAAAGCCGGGCAUUAAUUGGACAGAUUGUGUACUUUUGUGUCAGUGUUAUCGAAAGGGAUACGUACAGGAAACUGAGGAUGUCAGCCAUCAAUUGCUUACUAUCAACGCUAUACAUAAACGACACAGCCGACUUUGCUGAUGCGGUUUUACGCGAUCAAAUAUCGAACGAGGCCUACGUCAUGACACCAAAAAUUUUGGCUGUUCUCAAGUCCAUAGCACUUGGUGAUGAGAAGCUGGGACACUCGUUGAUUUCGUUGGCAGUCAAGGGGAUGGGCAGGUACCUGUGUUUAAUCUUCGAGGACUACAACAGAAACGUAACGACGCACGGUGUAACCUUUGAGGACUUCAAAGCGUUGAUAAAUCGGGAUGCAAGUGAAAAGGUCAUCGAAACAACCGAUCGGAACGUGUUAAAACCGGAGAAAAACAACUUUUCACCCAAAUCCGAUGAGUGGCUGAAUGCAGCAAUCGUAAAAAUUGCACCGACAGUCGAAUCCAUUAAAAUUUUGAUUGGAAACAAGAACUCAACGAUUCGCCUGGAACUCGUACACCUGUCGAUCUCGUUGUUAGAAAAAUGUUUCAAAUUUAUUCAACCGUGUGCCAAUCAUUUACUCGAAAUCCUAUUAGCUCUAUCGCAAGACGAAGAUCCAUGCAUUGCGAAACUCUGCGACGCAACUGUGCGAACAACGUUACAAGAAUUGCCCUUCCAGGACUUCGUCGAACAGACUUUCAUCACUCACAUAAUUCGUCUACCGCGCAUCAUUUCCGUCGGUGAUGAAGACGAACAAAUCGCUGGCAUGUUAUUGCUCAAAGGCUUGUUGGUCACCUUACAACACGCCAAUUUGAAAAGAAUUUUCGCUGUUCAAGAUACUCUCGAUCGUUUUGUUGCUGUUCUCGUAUCGGCCGUUGAAUUGCAACGAGACGUGUCCCUACUUCAGGAUGAGUACUCACUUAGGAAUAUCGAUGAGAGCGAAGGAUGCGUUGUUCCGUCCACAUGGAAACAGUUUAAGAAUCUAAGAAGUCAAGUUAUAGUCGAACACUUUCAGUCCAUCUGCGAACUGAUUGGUUCAUCGAAUGCAUCAGAAGUUGUUGUUGGCUAUUUACUGCAACGUCUACCGGACAACGUGAGCAUUUGCAAUGAAAUUAUCGUUCUGUUGCAAUGGCUGUUAAUUUCGAGUGAUCACAAAACGUCCAUUUGCAACUGUUUGGAAGACUUCUUACUGGACAUCCACUGGCAUCUGGCUGUUCAGGCAAAUAAAACGACUAAAAUGGAAAUGGAAGAGUUUGGUGAUACUGACUGGUAUGAAGAUCGUACGGAAGGCCUUUACGAAUCGGCCAUUUCCAUUCGGUAUACGGAUGUUCGAUGGAAGGGUGACGAUAGUGUCGAAGACAGCAACGACGAAAUUACAAUCGCCGAUGCUAUGUUCAAUGUGCAGCACACCUGUUUAAUUUUGGAAACCGUUGGACAUUUCGCAACUGUACUACAAACGGACUUUCAGCCAUUCUUGUUCAAGUCACUCCAUAAAAUUUUAGAAAAAAGUGGCAGCAGCAAUCAUGCAAUACAUAUGGCUGGACUGUCGGCCUUAAACAAUGUUAAAGUGGGACUGAACUACAACAGUGUAUCGGAAAUGAUUGACGACAACUCGGACUACAUAACAUACUUUGUGAACCUAUCACUGAAAAAGGUCAAUCAAAGUCAAAUCGCCCUGGACAUAUUGAGUGUUGUUCUUAAGUACAGCAGUCUGGCCUCGAUUCCUCACUUGGAGAACAUCAUCUCCACCGUUCUGAAUGAGAGCUCGAAACACGAGCAAACACCCAACAUGUCAUCGUUCCUAAAAGUUUUCCAAAUGAUUCUGGUUCGUAUCGAUAAGUGGAACGUUACAACCGAAUCAAUGGACGGCAAAGAGUCAACGGAAAUGGAUGAUGACAAUGAAGCUGAACUCUGCCGGAAUUGGUUGAAAAUAUUGCAGCUCAUUGAGGACGACGAUUAUAGACGUGAAGUGGCAUUUGACGAAACUACAUUCGACGAAACGAAAUUCCGACAAGAGCAAGAAGAAAAACUGAAUAACGAAACUGAAACCGUCGACGGCAUUGAUAAUGAUUCUGAAGAGACACUGCCACCGUACAUGGACGUAACAACACAAAUUAUGAAGCGCUUCAUUAAGUAUAUUCCGACCAAAUCCCAAAUGGACAAGUGUGUUGUGCUGGAGUCAAUCGUUUGUGGCCUGAACAUUCUGAAAGUGAAGGAAAAUCAACUUUUGCCCAUAGUCCAUUUGAUAUGGAAGCCAUUCGUUGAACGAUUCAAAGAAAAUGAUCCGAUUGUAUUGAGGCGAUGCUUCCAGCUACUGAUCAAAUUGGGUGAAGUCUCGAAGGAUUUUAUUUAUCAGCGAGCUGCUAAAGACGUUUUACCGUUCAUUUUAUCAUUUCUGAAGACAUCCGGCAAGAGCAGCAUUAACGUAAAGGACGUUACGUACGAACAUACCCAGCAAUUUAAACUGCAAAUGGAACUGCUGCAAAAUCUACCAGCAUUGCUGACAUCCAUAGAGAUCACCGAAAAGGAUGUCAAUUCGGUGAUGGAUGCAAUGGUGUCGUAUUGUAGGGAUGAUCAACAUAGACAGUUACAGGAAAAUUGUGUGAAAUUUCUCUUGCAAUUGGCAGUGUACGAUGCAACGGCUGUUUUUGUUAAACUUUAUCAAUUCAAAUCCACGGACUGUUACAAGGGAAAUGUGAAUAAAGUUUUGCAUCGGCUACUGUACGCGCAGUAAAUUUUGAUUGAAAAU